AUGAUGAGCGCAGCAUCCUUCUCGUUGCCUCUGGGCGAGCGCCCGUCGUAUUAUCGCACUCCUUCUCCUCCGCGACGCGCCGUGGAGCCGAUCACACCGUCGACAGCCGAAUUUCGAGCAUCCUGGGCUGAACGCGGCCCUCCGCCUACAGCCGUCCUCGAAAAUGAUCAAAAUUCUCAAAAUUCUGUUCAACCUAUACCUGCGGAUCCUGGGCGCCAUCAACGGUCAGGUCAUGGACGCUCAAAUUCGACAAUUGACACCCUUGCCACGAUAGCUCUCGCAACAAGCCCUACUUUCGCACCUCCCCCCGCCCCCUCCUCUCCCGACUUUCGAUCGACAUUUCCUCUCUUUCCCAAUGAGUCGCAAGACUCUGAGCGACCUCUCAAGCGAUCUCGGUCGGAACGGCAAUCGUCUCCGUAUCAAUCGCCUCCCUCUUCUUCCCACGCGCCGCCGCCACCAAGCGGAAGUUUACAACACUCCGCUCUGGACAGUAUGAAGACUGAUGCCGAGCUACUUCUCAACUUCGCUCGACCAUCCAAUUUCUGGCCAAGUGGACAUCAUACAAAACGGGUCAGCAUUGACGAAUCCUAUCACAACCACAACCACAACCACAACCAUGGCUGGGGCAGCGACAUGGUACGCUACGAUCGACUAGAAUCCUCCCAUGCUUCACAACCAUUCCUGCCGGAGGAUAGGAAAGCCUCAUUCAAUCACAGCGACAACCACAUCCCUCCGUCCCGAUUGCGAUCACGAUCCGAUGGAUCAACCUUCCUGUCCCGUCCCAUGAUCCGCGGGGUGCGACCUACGACAAGUACUGGGGCGCUACCGCCGGUUCUUUGGGAAGAAGAAGAAGAUGAUGCACAUGCGGCAAUGUUGGAAGACUCACGUUAUGUAAGCUACGCCGAUCAGAGACAUGGCGAGUUUGAUCACAACAAUCAUCACAAUUCAACGAAAGUCCGUCCAAAGGUUGAAGAAGAUAUGAGAGGCGACACCACAAAUCAAGCGAGCUGUGCCGCAUGUUACAUGGUCCGAAUACCAGUCGACUCGGAAGAGCCGCUAGAAGAAGAUACGUGGAUUGGCUGCGAUGGGUGCAAGCGUUGGUUCCACAUCGUCUGCGCCGGGUUCAAGAAUGAUCGGGAGGUCCGCACAGUCGAUAAGUUCAUUUGUCGAGCCUGUCGAGCCGCUCACGGGCAAACGACGUUUGUUCGCAAAUCAUCCAGAGCUCGGACUGCUAUUGAUUACGCCGGUCUCAAUCAAGGACUGGUCAAAGCUGCUUCGGACUCGGCGGAGCACCACUAUCUUGAACCCAUCCGCCAAGGAAAGAUCCGAUUCCUUCCUGAGUCUUUUCCCCGUAUGAGGCCGGAGCUUGUCACUGCCGAAUACUUUGAACGCGGGAACGGCUGGACUGAACCCGUCGUCAUUCCUGCUGUCUGGAAUCACCGAGAAGCCGUACCGGAGCUCGACGAAGACUUUGCUUCACUAGUGGAGAGUGCCUCGACCCGCGAAAUGUUUGAUGAAUUACUUGAACAUAUCGACGAGCAUCAAACGAGUGUCGAGGAGACUGUCGACUGCGGACAAGAUCAACUGGAUAUGGUUGUUCCUCAAGGGUUAACAGUCCGGGCCGUCGCCGAGCUCUAUGGCCCAGAAGAAAGGGUCGAGGUGAUCGAUGUCAAGUCACAGCAAGGUGAGGACAAGCGGUGGAACAUGCAGAAAUGGGCCGAUUAUUACGAGAGUAAUGAGCCCGACAAGCCCGUGAGGAACGUGAUCAGUUUGGAAGUCUCGCAGAGCAAAUUAGGCAGACUGAUCAGGCGGCCCAAAGUCGUACGCGACCUCGAUUUGCAGGAUGAAGUCUGGCCAGACGAGCUCAAAGCGAUUGGCGACUACCCCAAAGUCCAGUUCUACUGCCUGAUGUCUGUGGCUGACUGUUACACCGACUUUCACAUCGACUUUGGAGGUUCCUCCGUCUACUACCACAUUCUCAAAGGCAAGAAGACCUUCUUCUUCAUUCCGCCCAAGGACAAACAUCUCAAGAAGUAUGAAGAAUGGUGCAAGUCUCCUGCACAAGAUUCGGUCUUCCUAGGUAAUCAAACAAAGGAGUGCUAUCGCGUGGAUCUCUCUGCGGGCGAUACCAUGUUGAUCCCAUCAGGCUGGAUACAUGCGGUCUGGACGCCGGAAAACAGUCUGGUAAUCGGCGGCAAUUUUUUGACCCGGCUGAACUAUGGCAUGCAAAUCAAAGUUCUCAACAUUGAAAAAGAGACCAAGGUGCCCAUGAAAUUCCGCUAUCCGUUCUUCCAGAAGAUCCAGUGGUACACUGCCUUGCGUUAUCUGGAGCAAGAUCCAGUUCCUCAGAGCGUGAUGGAUGCAUUCUUGCAGGAUGAGAACUACAGGUUUCACAGACAGCAACCGAUCUAUUACGAAUUUGGAGAUCAUGUUCACCGGGAACAGCCAGGGACUGCCUAUUACAAUGCCCGACUAUAUUCACAGGCUGAACUAGAGGGCUUGCCGGAGCUGACCAAGUACCUCCUGCGAACUGCACUUAUCGCUAGCUCGUACAAUGUUGAGGGAGUGACUGUCGAAAGUCGGAAUGCGGUUAGACGGUCUAUUCCCAAAGGCAUCGCCGAUCCUGUCGAUAUGAUCCGAACGUUCGGUAUAUGGGUUGCAUGGAAGCGCGGCAAUGAGAAGGCGCCUCAAUGGAUACGACCAGGUGUCAUUGAAUCCAAUCCCAAAGUUCCACUCAACGAGAAAAAGUCUGCCGGGCGCCCAAGCCGCCGAUCGGAACGCAAUGUUGACAACCAACGCACCUAUGCUGAGAGACAGGCAGUUCAGCGGCCAUCAGACGAUAUUUCCGAUAUGCCUGCACCUCAAAUCAACAACGCUGCUGUCCUGGCAACCGAUGAGAGUGAAGCGCCUGCGGCCCCUGCUUCCGCUGCCGCUCCCGCUCCCGCUUCUGCCGUGGAAGUGAUCGUUCGAGAACCUCAAUUUCCCUCAAAGCCUCGACCUGCUCAACGUGGUUCCGGACUAGGUCCGAAGCGAGUUGCAUGUGAUGCAUGUCGUCGACGUCGAAUUCGUUGUCGACACAAGGAUGAGCCGAGCGAUUCCGGCAAUUUAGGCGCUCACGUGGGUAUGAAUGGUCUGGGUCUUGCGUCAGGUCUUAGCAAUACGUCGUCAUUAGCACAGGAUGCUGUGUCGGCACUUAACUCAUUGGCUGCCAUUGCUUCCCAAGCUGGCUUUCAAAGUAAUGGUGUUGUUGGGUUCGAUAAAUUUGACGGCCCUGGCAAAUUUCAUUCAACGGUACUGGGUGCCUCUGGUGUGGCGACCAACGGGCUUAGCGAGCUGAGUCCGGACGGUGCAAACGGCGGCAAGAAAGGUCGAAGCAAAGCUUGUGACGACUGUCGAAAGAGCAAGCGCCGAUGUAUACAUGAUGAAUUUGGUCGUGUCGAUCCUAUCAAAGCACAAGAGAGGUCGAAACCCCGUGGGACAGCCGCGUCGAAACGACCCCGACCCAAUGAAGAUGAGGCCGUAUCGGCACCUUCCAAGAAGGCCAAGCAGGAAAGCGUGUCCCCAAACAUUCAUCCCUUGCAAUACGAAGAUUAUCAAGCUACUGCGGUUCUGCACGACGCGCAAAGCGCCUACGACGUACUGAGCCAUUCCCACGUUCAAUCAAGCCUGGUCGCGGAUGUUGUAACCGUCGGUCAGGCUCUUUAUGCAUCCCCGCCUGUUGCCCACGUUGAUUCGAUGGACAUAAAGGAUACAAGUGCCUUGGCUGCCCCUGAAAACCCCACUUCUACAUCCCUUGUCUCUCCACCAACGUCGCUGGUCGACGAGAUGGACACGGUUCAGGAUAGCGAGCCAGUGACAUCGGUAGAGAGCGAAGCUCUUGGUGCGCUUCACACACCUAACUCGAGCUCACGCCAUUCGUCUCGACAACCUCGCCAUGUGGAACGCCUUGUUGGAGAAAUGCCCUCAUCUCGCUCCUUGCAUUCUGCUACGCGCCCGGGUGCUUCACAGGUCAUUCCUGGCCCCUCCACAGCUCGAAAAUCAUCUCCUCGCCCAUCAUCAUCCCAUGCCAAGAAGAGUUCACCCAUGGUUGAAAAGCACUUUGAUCGACACGCGACGACGUCCCUCUCGCCGCGUCAGUCCAAACACAACAAGAAUCGUACAAAGGAAGAUGCUGACGCUGAGAGUCUACGACUGAUCCGUGAGCUUCAAGAAGAAGAAUUCGGACUCAGGAGGAGACGCGGCUAG